AUGGUCACCGGACCCGGCGGAGCCACCUCCAAGAAGCGCCAACGCGCCGCCGCACUCGCCGCCAACUCUUCCACCACCACCUCCGCCAGCCGCCCCUGCGCCGCCAUCAUCAUCGACUCUCCCACCUCCCACGCCGACCUCAAUAAACCUAACCCGCUCCCCCACAAACCCCACGAUCCUUCCCUCCCUUCCUUCAACGACGUCGCUUCCGCUGACGUCAUCCUCCGCCUCUCCGUCGACCCCACCGCUGCAGAUCACUCCCCCGACGACGUCGUUCUCUACCUCCACUCCGCCUGCCUCCGCCGCUGCAAAUACUUCGCCGCGCUCCUGUCCGAUCGAUGGCAGCAGCACCAAGACGACGCCGUAUCCGCCGCCGCGCCGUAUCGCAUCAACCUGGAAGUCCCGCCAGCCCCCGGCUCCAUUGAAGCCCGCAUUGCCGUGCUGCAGCUUCUCUACAGCGAUGACUUCGCCUCCGCUAUAAACACCGUGACGGCGGCGAUCGAGCUCCUCCCGGUGGCGCUGGAGCUUCUCUUCGAGGAAUGCGUCCUGCGCUGCGUCCGGUUCCUCGAGGCGGUGCCGUGGACGGAGGAGGAAGAGAGCCGCGUCCUCGCCUUGGUCCCUCUCCUGAGCGAAGACGAAUCCAAAGACCUCCUGGCUAGGGUUUCGGGGACGAACAAUUCCAGCGAGGAAAUGCUGUACGGAUUGAUCACCUCCGUGAUUCACAAUCCGAACAUGGCGUACGUCAAGGCGUUUGUGGCCAAGCUGCUCCGGGAAUUCUCCUCCCGGGACUCGGCGGAGCGAGUGCUUGAGAGGGCGUUUCAGAGCACCUUCCAUGUGGUGAAGGAGUCAAUGGAGGACUACAGCAGCCCCGGCGUGCGAGGAGACCAUAAUGAGACCGAGGCUAUCCAGAGGCUCAAUCUGCAUACGGCUAUGACCAAUGGGAGGCACCUGCUGUGGCUGGUGGAGAGGAUGAUUGAGCUCAGGGUUGCAGAUGCCGCGGUUAAGGAGUGGAGCGAGCAGCCGGCUUUUGCUGCGGAUUUACAGAGGGCGUUUCGGGACGACGCGUGGAGGAAUAUCGUGCCUGGCCUGCCUGGUGUCUUGCUCCGCUGCACUGCCAAGCUCUCGAGUGCAAUUGCUUCCGGUACUAUUUUGGUUGCCGCACAGGUUCGAAAGAAGCUUGUAAAUGAUUGGCUUCCAGUUCUGAUCGUGUGCAAAGACAAUAUAUCACCUCUGACGCCAAAUAACAGACCCUUAUACCUGGACCUGGAAGAGACAUUCCUGAAAAUCAUCUCUACCCUGCCUAUGUUAGAUGCACAAGAGUUGUUGCAGCAGUGCCUUGUCUUCUCGACCCGAACUUUUGAUGAUUGCCCUCAUUUGGUCAUGGCCUUCAACACUUGGUUCCGCCGUGCUGCUCGACCCCCUCAAGGAAACUAGUCUGUGUUAGCCUCUUGUUAAUAUGAACUAGUGCUUCUUUGCACUCUUGUUCUUGUGGAUAUCAUUAUGGCUAGAUAUUUCUGGCAUUGUGAAUAUUACCCUAUUGUCGUAGACUGCCAAACUUAGCACCAAGUAUAUAAACCUCAAACGUUGUUGACCGCUGUGGCACAAAGGGAGUCUUGCUUCAUUUGAUGCUACAUGGUAGCUUUUGAAGUGGUCAGAUUCUAAUAUAUAUGAUCUCUUAGG